AUGUCGAAUGCUUUUCGCUUUGUUUAUCGUGUUUUCCUACUGCAAAAGUUACAUAUUGAGGUGGUAUUGGUUGAUGUGUAUGCAAUUUCGGAGUAUGUCAAGCACGAAUUCAUUGGCGUCGGUGCUGUAGCAUUAGAUGAAGCCUUGUCACGCAAUGAAAAUGUGGAAUGUAUCCAGAAGUUCAUCAGUGAUCCACAAAUACCAAUAUUAGUCGUCGAUCGGAUUGUUAGCAGAGGUCUGCGAAAAUCUUGUAAAGUUUCAAAUAAAAGUAUUUUCUUUCUAGAUGUCUUGCAACACUUCCAUAAUUACAUAUGUACUAUGAUAUAUGAAAGCUUACAUUACAGAAUACCUGAAGGUAAUUCAUAUGAUGUCCUUUUGUCGAUUUUUGGACGGAUUGGAACACCUCUUUUCAAAUCAUUGGUUAAUUAUGGCAGAGGUGAACGAGACGGUGAUAAAUUAGCAUUGUCAGUUGAGAAGCAUCUUAGUGAAGUGGAAGUGGCGUUGCUUCAUAUGCAACAGAAUAUCGAUAUACCGGAAAUUAAUUUAAUGAUCAACCCAGUUAUUCAAUCGACAAUUCAGCAGGCUGCAGAAAAAGGUCGUAAAGCGCGAGUAGCAGAUUUAGGCAGUCUUGUUGAAAACUCGGGAUUUUUGAAUACACUCCAGAAAGGUGUCAAUCGAUGGGUUAAAGAAAUUCAAAAAGUGACAAAAUUAGAUCGUGAUGCAGGUUCUGGGACAUCAUUGCAAGAAAUGACAUUUUGGUUGAAUUUGGAAAGGGCCUUACAAAAAAUCGCCCAAAAAAGAGAGUCUGAUGAAGUAACUUUGACUCUAGAGGCUCUAAAAUGUGGCAAACGAUUUCAUGCGACAGUAUCGUUUGAUGCCGACACAGGUUUAAAACAGACGUUAGCAAUGGUCAACGAUUAUAAUGUAUUAAUGAAAGAUUUACCUUUAAAUGAAUUAAUGGGAGCAACUGAUAUGGAUGGCAUUAAGAAUGCUUUGGUUAACAUUUUUACACAUAUGAAAAAACUGCGUAACACGAAAUAUCCGAUCGCUCGAGCAUUGCGCUUUGUUGAAGCAAUUUCAAAAGAUGUAUCGACUCAAAUGUUAAAGGCAUUAGGAACUAGACGUUUAAUGAACAUUCCUUUGGGAGAUUUCGAUCAUUUAAUGGCUCAGUGUUUUGCUGUUUUUUCGACUUGGAAUGAUGAAUAUGAUAAAUUAGCUACUUUAAUGCGAGAUUUAUCAAAAAAAAAACGUGAUGAACAACUGAAAUUGACGUGGCGACUCAAUCCCCAGCAUAAGAAAUUAGAAAAUCGCCUUGACCAAAUGCGGCAGUUUCGGAGACAGCAUGAACAGUUACGUACAGUAAUAUCAAGGGUAUUGAGACCUAUGGGAAAUAAAGAUGGAGAGAAGAAACCCGAGAAAGAUGUUGAUAAAACAUCGGUUCUGAAUGCUACGGAAUUAAGUGCCAUCGAACAAGUAAAUAUGGCGUAUGAAAAUGUUAAGGAAGUUGACUGUUUAGACGUGAGCGUUGAUGGGACAUUUUCGUGGGAAGCGGCUAUACGAAGAUAUGAGGAUCAGAUUGAUCGUGUAGAGACGCAAAUCACUGCAAAACUACGGGACCAGUUGGGUGGUGCUAGAAAUGCAGAUGAAAUGUUUAUGAUUUUUCAACGAUUCAAUGCAUUAUUUGUUCGGCCACAUAUCCGUGGUGCAAUAAGAGAGUAUCAAACCCAGUUAAUCCAAAGAGUUAAAGAGGAUAUUGACAAAUUACAAACUCGGUUUAAAAACUUUAGUGAAACAGGUAAUGCUCGUAUAUUGCGUUCCAUAGAUAUACCACCUGUUGCUGCAUCAAUUCUUUGGAUUCGUCAAAUCGAUAGUAAAUUGACACAGUAUAUGAAGCGCAUUGAGGAUGUGUUAGGACGUGGUUGGGAAAAUCAUGUAGAAGGUCGGCAACUGAAAUUGGAAGGAGACAAUUUCCGACAAAAGCUGAAUACACAACAUAUUUUUGAUGACUGGGUUCUACAUGUACAAGCUAAAAAUAUUUCUUUAACUGGUCGUGUUUUUAUUAUUGAAAAACGACAGAAAGAUGGAAAAGUUGCUUUAAAUUUGAAAGUGAACUUUUCGAACGAUGUGGUCACUUUAUUUAAAGAAGUCCGGAAUAUGAAACACAUGGGUUUUCGAAUACCAUUAAAGAUCGUGAAUACGGCUCAUCAAGCAAAUCUUUUAUAUCCGUUCGCAAUUUCUUUGUUAGAAUCCAUUCGUACUUAUGAUUCCAUAAAUGAACGAAUAGGGAACAAAUCCGGAGUGAAUAUGUUGGUUGCAGCUUAUAAAAAGGAUAUUCAAGGGCAGCUGGCUGAGGGCAAUUUACUGACGUGGGAAUCAUAUAAAAUGGACCCAUAUGUUGUCAAAUUGUCGACUUCUAUCAACAAUUUUCAGGAAAAAAUAGAAGAGUUGGACACGCUUCUUAAUAGAAUUGAGGUCUUGCUUGACCUUGCUGCAUUGGAUACAUGUCAUUACACCUCUGUAACAUUCAGUACUUUACUUGAUUCGAUACAAAAAGCAGUUGAUCAGUUGUCGUUGGGUAAUUUUUCGAACUUACAUCACUGGGUUAACUCCAUUGAUUCAAAGAUUGCUGAUAAGUUGGCCACGCGAGUAGAAGAGGCUACUCGUCUUUGGACCGGUGUUCUAGUUCAUGAUGAAUUUGAGGAUGAAAGUGAUGAAAAAAACAGUCUUCCAGUUCUGCAACCUAUUGUCAUGGAAAUGCGAGUUACCUCACAAGUAAUGUAUAUCAGCCCAAGUAUAGAACAAGCUCGAGCUCACUUACUUGAUCAGUUGUUUGCAUGGCAGUCGGUAGUUACAAAUCAACCACGCAUUUCAAGCACACGGUUUCAGGUUGUCAUUUUAUUUUACACAGAGACUACGUAUCGUGAUGUCUUAGCACAUCUUCCUCAAGGACAGAAAAGCAUUGAACAUGCAUAUGAUGCAGUAGAGAAGGUUAUGAAAGAAGUUGCUGAUUAUGUGAACGAAUGGUUGCGAUAUCAAGCUCUCUGGGAUUUACAACCUGAUGUUUUGUAUGAAAGACUUGGAACUGACGUGUCAAAGUGGAUGAAAACUCUGAUUGAAAUUCGAAAAUCGAGAGCAACAUUUGAUACACAAGAAACUAGAAAGGAAAUCUUCCCAGUCAUUGUUGAUUAUACCAAAGUUCAGUCCAAGGUCUCUCUCAAAUAUGACUACUGGCAUCGUGAAAUUCUACAGAAAUUCGGUUCCUCAGUAGGUCAUGAAAUGCAAACAUUCUUUUCUGAUAUUUCGAAAUGGCGUAGUGAAUUAGAAGAGCAAAGCGUUGACAGUGGAACAACAACUGAUGCCAUUCAGCUUAUAACAUAUGUUCAGCAACUGAAAAAAAAAACGAAAAUUUGUCAAGACAAAGCCGAGCAGUUCCGAGCUGCCCAGCGUUUGCUUACUCAGCAGCGUUAUCAAUUUCCGAACUCUUGGUUGUACUCAGAAAAUGUUGAUGGCGAAUGGUCAGCUCUGAGCGAUAUUUUGGAACGGAAAGAUUCUGCUAUUCAAGCACAAGUCGCUAAUCUCCAAACAAAAAUCAAAGAGGAAGAUGAAAUGGUUGAGAAGAGAACUCAAGAUGUAUUAGCAGAUUGGGAUAAAAGCAAACCAGUUCAGGGAUCACACAGACCUUCUGAUGCUUUGGCUGCACUGGCUGUUUUUGAAGCUAGAUUAAAUAAAGUGAAGGAGGAUAGAGAAAAUAUGGUAAAAGCAAAAGGUGCUUUAGAAAUGACUGAACCAUUGCUUACUACUACUCAUGGUACGAAAUUGGAUGUUGCUAUAGAGGAAUUGUCGGAUUUAAAAGGUGUUUGGCAGUCGUUAAUGCCAAUGUAUGGCGCAAUUGAUGAACUAAAAGAAAAGACAUGGUUAUCUAUUCAACCACGCAAAUUGAGACAAAGUUUAGACGAGUUGCUUGCUGAACUGAAACAGUUGCCUGCUAAAUAUCGUUCUUAUGAUUCUUAUGAGCAUGCUAAACGAUUGCUGUAUAAUUAUUCUAAGAUGAAUAUGAUUGUGGUUGAGUUGAAAUCUGACGCCCUCAAAGAGCGUCAUUGGAAGCAGCUCAUGAAACAGCUGCGUGUUUCAUGGAAUCUAUCAGAGUUAACAUUGGGACAAGUUUGGGACGCUGACUUGCUACGUUAUGAUUCAGCGAUUAAGGAAGUGUUAUUAGUAGCUCAAGGUGAACUUGCAUUGGAAGAAUUUUUAAAACAGGUACGCGAAUUUUGGCAGUCAUUUGAGAUAGACCUUGUAAAUUACCAGAAUAAAACCAAACUUAUUCGUGGAUGGGAUGAUUUAUUCAAUAAACUGAAAGAACACAUGAAUUCUCUCACUGCAAUGAAGCUGUCGCCUUAUUACAAACAGUUCGAAGAAGAUGCUUUGGCGUGGGAAGAGAAACUGAAUAAAAUUAGUGCACUUUUUGAUGUUUGGAUCGACGUUCAGCGUCGAUGGGUAUACCUAGAUGGAUUGUUUUCUGCUUCUGCUGAUAUCAACACUCUUUUGCCUAUAGAAUCCAGUAGAUUUUCAAGUAUUUCUACCGAAUUUUUGGCUUUAAUGAAAAAGGUGGCAUCUGCACCUCGAGUUUUGGAUAUCGUUAAUAUGCAAGGAGCUCAACGUCUUUUGGAACGUUUGGCUGACAUGCUUGGAAAGAUCCAAAAAGCUUUAGGUGAAUAUUUAGAACGAGAACGAAGCUCAUUUCCACGGUUCUACUUUGUUGGAGAUGAAGAUUUACUUGAAAUAAUGGGUAAUAGCAAAGAUAUUACACGUGUACAAAAGCAUUUGAAAAAAAUGUUUGCUGGUAUUACGGCAGUUGAUGUGGAUGAAGAUAGUACUCUGAUCAUAGCAAUGAACAGUCGUGAAGGAGAAAGGGUGAAAUUGGUUACGCCAGUUAAUAUCAAAGAAAAUGCUCGUAUAAACGAUUGGUUACGUAUCGUAGAAGGUGAAAUGCAGAAUACUUUGGCUUAUUUAUUAAAUCAGUCACUGAUAAUGUUUUCGAAAUUGGAUAUUAAUUCUAUUGAAGCCCAAGAAUACAUGAAUUGGCUUGAUCAAUUUCCGGUUUUUUUUUGUCUUAUGUCAUCAAAAAGACUCAUUUUUGUUUCAAAAAAGUUUUUAAAAAUGUCACAAUUUAUUCAGCGGCAUCCUCAUCAACCCUAUUAUCUCUCUCUUAAACGAAACAGCAUUUGCCUAUAUUGCGAUAGUUGA